AUGCCUUCCCUGUUAACAACCCAAAGCCAGAACUGCUACAGAGAGCAGAUCCAGAAGGAGAUGUUGACCCGUUUGGCCUGGAAGAACCGUUACGCCAAACUGUUCCCGUCCAACAUACCUGAAACCACCACAGAGACAACACAGCCUCCCGAAGGAAAAUGGACUGUCCUUCCUCCUGUUUGGACACGUGGGAAGGAGACCGCCCUCCCUCCUCCUCCUCCUCCUCUUCCUCCUCUGUCUGCAGAGGUGAAACGCAGUGUUCCUCCUCCGAUGAGGCCGGCUUCCCCUCAGACCAGACUGUCUCUGUAUCAGGACUCACACCAGGGGAAGGGUCGAAGUCAGUACCUGUGGAGGCGUGGCCAAAUGAAACCUGAGGAGAAGUUUGACUUUCCUCUGCUGACGUCCUGGGAGUACGGCUGGAGGCUCGAUAACUACACUUUGGAUUACAGAACUCCAUGCUGUGCCCGGUCUUCAGUGGUGAAGAACACCUUCUAUGCCAGGAACGGAGUGUUCAACAGCCCAUCAGCCACAGACACACUGGGAUAAACAUAUCACAUCCCUGAGGUGUCACCUGUCAUAUUUGUUUCUGGUAUGACACACUAAAUGAACUUCUAAAUAACAUGAAACACUUCAGCAGAAACCUCAGAGGUAAGUGGUUCAGGUGGUUAUGGUGGAGGUUGGAUGUCAACUGGAGUUCAUGUCCCAUUUUGUUUUUAUAAUUUCCCUCUUUAUUACCAUAGCCAUUCCCUGACCCUUUUCCCAUCAAUGAAACAAGCUUUUUGUAUGU